UGUGCAGAGGCAACGGCUUCUCUCAUGCCUCCUGUUAAAACAGGAUCUUGCCUAUCAAUGGAUGGGCGCCGACAUGAGAAUGAGGAGAGCUGGCACGAUGGCUGCAGGGAAUGUUACUGCCACAACGGACGGGAAAUGUGUGCCUUGAUCACCUGCCCCGUUCCUAAUUGUGGCAACCCCACCAUACAUCCGGGGCAGUGUUGUCCAUCAUGUCCAGAUGAAAUAAUCGUGCAGAAGCCAGAGCUCACCAGUCCAUCGAUCUGUCAUGCUCCUGGUGGGGAAUACUUUGUAGAAGGAGAGACAUGGAACAUUGAUUCUUGCACACAAUGUACAUGCCACAGUGGACGUGUCCUGUGUGAGACUGAAGUCUGUCCACCUCUUCUUUGUCAAAACCCCACCCGCACACAGGACUCCUGCUGUCCACAGUGCCCGGAUGAGCCUCUUCAGCCCUCCUCAUCAAGCAACGAGAGCAUGCCCAGUUACUGCAAAAACGAUGAAGGAGAUAUUUUUCUGACAGCUGAGUCCUGGAAACCCAAUGUCUGCACUAGCUGCAUUUGCAUGGAUGGUGUGAUUAGAUGCUACUCUGAGUCUUGCCCACCGGUAUCCUGUGAGAGACCCGUUCUGAGAAAGGGACAAUGUUGUCCUUACUGUAUUGAAGAUGCAGUUCCAAAGAAAGUUGUCUGCCACUUCAGUGGAAAAACAUACGCAGAUGAGGAGCGCUGGGACAUUGACAGCUGCACACACUGCUACUGCCUGCAGGGUCAGACACUCUGCUCCACUGUCAGCUGCCCACCUCUCCCCUGUGCUGAACCCAUCAAUGUGGAGGGAAGCUGCUGUCCCAUGUGUCCAGAGAUGUAUGUUCCUGAACCCACUAACAUUCCCAUUGAGAAGACAAAUCAUCGAGGAGACAUUGAACUAGAAGUACCAAACUGGCCAACUCCGAGUGAAAAUGACAUAAUCCACAUUCACAGAGAUAUGAACCAUCUCCAGGGAGAGUACCGAAGUGGCAGUGGGCCACACCCCAGUGAGGAUGCCUCUGUCGGCUCUGUUGCCUUGGUGACAAUUCCAAUCAUGAUAGCGCUGUUACUGAUCAUCAUCCUCCUGCUCAUCAAUCAGAAAAAGCAGUGGAUUCCUGUGUCCUGCUACAAAGCUCCAACAAAGCCUUCUUGCCUAAACAAUCAACUGGUGUAUGUGGACUGCAAGAAAGGUACCAUGGUCCAGGUGGACAGUUCUCAGAGAAUGCUAAGAAUUGCAGACCCGGAUUCAAGAUACAGUGGAUUUUACAGCAUGCAGAAACAGAACAACCUACAGGCAGAUAAUUUCUAUCAAACAGUUUGAAGAAUUGCACCCUUACCAAGGAUUAAGAAAGAGAGAAGAGAGAGACAGUCUGCUAUUAAAAUAAAACUAGAAUUGUGCACUUGCUUAGUGGAUUGUAUUGGAUUUGUGACUACAUGUACAGCUCUAAGACCUUACUGGGAUGAGCUCUGACUCCUGCAAUGUGCCAGAAAAAGCAUUCCCACUUUUCCUUGAGAUAACUGACCAAGUGUUUUCUUAGAACCAAAGUUUUAAAACUUGUUAAGAUGUAUUUGCUUGUAACAUAGCUAUAGAGGUUUUUUGGGAGGGGGAAUCAGGGGCUAGGGAUAGGCAAUGAGGUAAAAGGAAGCUUCAUAGAAGAGAAGCUGGUCAUGCUUGGCUUUAGAAGAAAAUAAACUGCCGAGCAGCAGGAUAGUGGUUUUCCUUGUUGCUCUGAAAUUGCAUCUGUUGCACCCAAAGCCUAACCCCAGAUGAAAAAAAUACAAAAAGGUCUGAUUUUUUUUCUUCCAGCUGUUGCUACGGUAAUAUACUCCUAGAACAGAAUUUGUCACAUCACAGGUGUGGUGUAGCUGCAAAUAUUUUUCUAUAUGAUGAGAAGCUGCAGUAGUUAAUGAAAUAGCAAGGAAAAGAUUAUAGCAGAAAAUAAAGGGUGGGUUUAUUAAGGAUGUAUAAAAUUAUACCUUGUGCUGCUUUUUGUUUUUAUUUUUGUUUUCUUCAAAGCUGAUUGGCUAGAUUAGCCAGACUUCAGCAGAGUUAGCAAAUGACUGAGGCCUAAGUAAUUCCUGAUAUGAGCACUGGAUCUUUUGACAGCAGUAUUGAAGGAAGGAAGGAAAAGUCAAGAACACCAUGCAGUUCCAGGGGCUUUUGUUUGUUUGUUUUGUCUGUUGUGGUUUUGUUUUGUUAUUUUAUAUCAAUCUCUGGUUGUUCAUACAGGAGAAGGAAAACUAUUUUUGUUGGACAAAGCUCUUGCUUACAAGAGAGUAAAAAAGAGACUGUUUUAAGGUUGUUUUUUUUUCCUGUUGAUGUUCUUAUUUACUGGUAUGCAGAUUUAGAAACUACUUCCAUGCUAGGAAGCUGCUUAAUUUUAAUUGUAUAUUACUCAAGCACCUUUUUUGAAGCUCAGAAAAAAAAGGAGAUCAUGCUUCUUUAAACUCUAGCAUUAUAGGAAUAUUUAUGUAAAUAUAAUUAUGCUAAAAACAACAAAAAGUAUUUGUAUGUUUGUGUAUAUAUAUGUAUAUACAAAUGCAUGUAGGUAUACAUAUGUAUAUAUACGUGCAUGUGUAUAUACACUAUACAUAUAUAUACUGUAUAUAUAAAAUACUAUGUAUACAGUAUAUAUUUUUUUCUAUUUUUUUUUUCUUGUUGAAUGUAUUUUUAUCUGAGAGAGAUUUUACCCAGAGCAGAAACAGAUAACAGGCAUUCCAUAUCAAUGCUUAAUCGCUUGUGAGUUUAGGAAAGACAAGAAAAGAGCAUCUCAUUCUACCUACAGUUUGAUUUGAUUUGAAAGUGUUUGUGUGUGUGUGUGUGUGUGUGCGCGCACUCUUGUGUUGGCGUGUGUACAGUACGUGCACGGUUUUAGCAGUAAGCGUUGCUCUUGCUACUUGCUACAUUUCAGGGUGUUUCUUAUUUUUCUUUUCCUGCUUAGCCUUAAAAAGGCUUUUUAAUGAAUGCAUUGGCUAGAGACACUGAUGACAAUAUACAUGCAGCACUAAUCAACUCCAUAAAUUAACACCAUCAGCUCCUGGAUUUUGGAGGUUUUUUCCUUUCUUUUUUUUUUUUUUUUUUUUUUUUUUUCAAACAAUUGUUUGAAACAACUACUGGAAUAUUGUCCACAUUAAGCUGGAAGUUUAUUGUAGCUUGCCUCAUUUAUAACUCUGACUGUAUAAUACAAUGUUACUUUCCAAACAGGUCUUGGCACUUUUAUACUAAUUACCCAUUUGUGCAUUGCCUUUUUUCUUUUACAAAUGCUUCUCAUAAGAGACACAGAUACCCAGUAUGCUUAAUGUGAAAAGAAAAUGUAUUUUUUGUAAAGGAACUCUCAAGUAUUGUUCUAAAUACUUGGUCAGAGGUUGCUGAACUUUAAAACUGAAAAAAAAAAAAACCUAAUUUAUUAUUAUAAUGACCUAAUUUAUUAAUCUGAAGAUUAACCAUUUUUUUUUGUUUUAGAAUAUCAAAAAGGUGUUCUAGCUGUUUGCAUCAAAUAAAAAAAUAGGUGUAUCAUUAAGGGUCAACAUUUUUUCUGCUUAUAUAACUUCAGUUUCCAACCACCAGUAAGAAAAAAUGUAGUCUCCCCAGUGUUUUGUACUCAAUCUGAUAUUGAAACAGAGAUGUUUCUGUCCAGUUACUGCAGAGAUUUUGUCAAGACAAAACAUCCAUUCCUUGCAUAAGAGUAAGCAGUCUUUAUCCAGAAAUUGUAAAUGCUUGCUUUUGUUUUACAAUCAAGGCCAUAUUCUGAAAAUAUUAGCAGGAUAUAGGACAUGGUGUAAAAUGUUUUUUAUUAUUAUUAUUUUAUUAUUAUUAUUUUAAAGAUAUGAUUUAUCCUAUGUGCUGUAUCCAUUACACUCUUUUACUUUGGUUCCUGUUGUGCUCUUGUAAGAGAAAUGCAGAUAUAAUUUUCUGAAAAAAUAGAUGCAUAUGUGGCACUCGGAGUGCACUGCGGUUCAGCAGAUUGCUUGUUUACUUUUUUAACUGUAAGGCGGUUUCUUGUAAUUUGGCUCUUGGCAGCACAAUAAAAAAAUUUUAAACCUA